AUGAAGGAGCGGCAGCGCUGGCAACCCGAAGAAGACGCCCUCCUCCGCGCCUACGUGAAACAAUAUGGGCCCCGAGAAUGGGCCCUCGUCUCGCAGCGCAUGGGCCAGCCCAUCAACCGCGACCCGAAAUCCUGCCUGGAGCGCUGGAAGAAUUACCUCCGACCCGGCCUGAAAAAGGGCUCGCUCUCCCCGGAGGAGCAGUCCUUGGUCAUCGAGCUUCAGGCCAAGUACGGCAACAAGUGGAAGAAGAUCGCCGCCGAGCUCCCCGGCCGCACCCCAAAACGCCUCGGCAAGUGGUGGGAGGUCUUCCGCGACAAGCAGCUCAAACACCUCUCCAAGCUCCACCCCUCCGCCGCCGCCGGAACCGCCGCCUCGUCAUCCUCGUCCACCCCGCCAGAGGGGAAUAUUCCGAUUUCCUCGCCGGAAAGAGCCGCGCAGGGGCCCUACGACCACAUCCUGGAGACGUUCGCCGAGAAGUACGUCCAGCCCAAGCUGUACACUCUGACGGUGGAACCCGACCCGAAUAUUUCUCUCGGGUCGGGUCUGCCGCCGUGGAUGAACCCGCCGUCCGCUACCACCUCCACGAGUUCCUCCGCGACGGCCUCACCUUCGGUGAGCCUGUCGCUGUCGCCGUCGGAUCCGGGUCACGACCCGGACCCGACCCGAGUGGGGAUGAUAGUGCAGUGGUGCAAGGAGGUGGAGGAGGGGAGGCAGAGCUGGGUGCAGCACAAGAAGGAGGCGACGUGGCGGCUGAGCAGGCUGGAGCAGCAGCUGGAGGCGGAGAAGGCGAGGAAGAGGAGGGAGGCGGUGGAGGAGGUGGAGGCCAAGAUAAGGGCGUUGAGGGAGGAAGAGGCGGCGUUUAUGGGGCGGAUUGAGAGCGAGUGCAGAGAGCAGAUGAGUGUUUUGCAGAGGGAGGCGGAGAGCAAAGAGGCCAAGCUGGUUGAAGCGUGGUGUAGUAAGCAUGUUAGGCUUGCUAAGCUUGUUGAUCGGAUUGGGUCAUGGCCAUCCUUCUCAUACUAGUCAUGGGUUUAGCAGUUGAGUUUAAACAUAGUGUAACUGGUUAGUUGUUCUCUGCAUGUUAGUUUGUUCAAUACUUUGUGUUAGAGAUGGGAUCAUUAUGAUGAGCUUUAUGUUCUUCAACGUUUCCUUGUGUUUAACUUGAUUCAAGUACAAUGCAUUCAGAUUUGAUGCAUCGGAAGC